AUGGAUGAUACAUUAUUAACUUUACUACCUUUACUGAUUUCGACGAUUCAAAGGCUUGAUUAUCACAGGGUAAUCGAGGAGCUGCCACAGAGACAAGGAAACAGGAAGCCCCAGGCUGUCGAUGUUCCUCCAGAGUUCGCGAGAUACCCCACUGAUGAUCUCUGUAUUUGUAUGCAAGAUGACACGGCUACAGUUUCCGAAAGAGAUGUGAGUACGCUCAAUCGCUAUUUCGAUGACAUAGAGAGGUUUCUAAAUCGAAUACAGUCGGCCGCUUUAGCACAACGAGAACUUGAGCCGCAGGCUCAUCGUCAUGAAACAGCCAACUGCCGAGAUAAAAGAGGUGGACCACCAUCUCCGGAUCCAAAAGGUAUAUUACAUAUCCUACAUAUGAGGACACAAUUACCCGGUCAACCAGAAUUUGUGGACAUAUUUAGAAAGUUCAAGCUGAGCUUCAAUUUGUUGGCUAAACUAAAAAAUCAUAUAUAUGAGCCCGUUCCUGAAUUAUUUCAUUUUCUCUUCACUGCUCUAAAUGUGAUCUUGGAAGCUUGUCAUAGGGAGUUGGGAAAAGAUAUCGCCCCUCGAGUAAGUAACGAUUGUGGCUUUUAGAA